AUCAGAUAGGUGUUGUUGAAUCUUGAUUUCUAAUCAUGAAGCGAGAUCACUCAGAGCCUCCAUCUUCAAGUUCUCUUGGACCUCCUCAAUCCAAAUUUAAGCACAACCCUGAAGGCGACGCUCAUUUUCUGGAAGAUGAGAGCACAAAAAUUUUUGCCAGGAAGGUGGCUGAUCAUUACAGUGCGAGGACCAACCAAACUCUUGAAGAGCGUGAAGCAAGUCCUAUCAUCCACUUAAAGAAACUUAACAAUUGGAUCAAGAGUGUCUUGAUUCAACUCUAUGCUAAAAGAGGGGAUGCAGUUCUUGAUCUUGCUUGCGGGAAGGGCGGUGAUCUCAUUAAAUGGGAUAAAGCAAAAGUUGGAUAUUAUGUUGGCAUUGAUAUUGCCGAUGGUUCGAUAGAAGACUGCCGAACCCGCUACAAUGGUGAUGCAGAUCACCAUCAGCGCCGCAAAAAGUUCUCAUUUCCUGCCAGACUUAUGUGUGGAGAUUGUUAUGAGGUUCGUCUGGACCGGAUUUUAGCAGAUGAUGCACCUUUUGAUGUUUGUAGCUGCCAGUUUGCUAUGCAUUAUUCGUGGUCUACUGAGGCACGUGCACGCCGUGCGCUGGCCAAUGUCUCAGCUUUACUUCGACCUGGAGGAAUAUUUAUUGGAACAAUGCCAGAUGCCAAUGUCAUCAUCAAGAAGCUAAGAGAAGCUGAAGGGCUAACCUUUGGUAAUAGUGUCUACUGGAUACGUUUUGAUGAAGAAUUUUCAGAGAAGAAAUUUAAAUCUUCAAAUCCUUUUGGCAUCAAAUACAAGUUCCAUCUGGAGGAUGCUGUUGACUGCCCCGAAUGGAUUGUCCCUUUCCACAUCUUCAAGGCAUUGGCUGAAGAGUAUGACUUUGAGCUAGUUUUUGUGAAGAAUAACCACAUAUUUGUAGACGAAUACAUGAAGAAACCAGAGUUCAUUGAACUUAUGAGGAGGCUCGGUGCAUUAGGUGAUGGGAACCAAGACCGAAGUACUCUAUCACCAGAUGAAUGGGAGGUUGCCUACCUUUAUUUGACAUUUGUUCUCAGAAAGAGAGGGCAACCAGAUCAAAUACAGAGAAAUCCUAGACGAGACAUAGGCAAGAUGCAUUUGACUAAAGACGAUAUCGAGAAUGUCAAUGGUGCAGUGUAGUGUCUUGCUGUUAUGGCAUAUGAAGAAUUAUCUGCAAGGAAGAGGAACAAGUCAACAAAAUGUGCCCCUUUUUCGAGUCGAUAAAUCGAGCUGCUAAUCAAUUUUGCAGAAUAAAAACUAUAGAUAGUUUUGGCCUAAUCAUUUGUUACAAAUUUCAACUUGCUAUAAAGCUCCAGCAUGUAUAGUUAAAACAAGCCAGUGCAAUGUGUGUCCACUU